AUGCCCCAAUUACACAAAUACGCAUCAAAGCGAGCACCGAAAAAUUCAUCCAAAAGUGCCAAACGUCUCACUACUCCCGACAUGUCGCCUAAAGGAAAGGCCGUGGGCCAUUCAAAGAAGGGAAGCCACUCUCGGCUCCCAGGACACACUGCAUUUGAGCGUAAACGCCGUGCAUCUUCAUCCUCUGUUUCAAGUGUCUCCUCAGUAUCAUCUCUGGAGGAGCUGAGCGAAGCUGAGGAUUCCUCCUCAGACGAUGCAGACGAUGAAGAAGACCGGCCGUCGGCGAAGACUCCGUCUUAUGGCCGUCGUCGUAACAAUAAUCGUAUAGCAGGGCGUCAACAUGCUCAAAAUAAGCGCAGGCGUAUAUCAGACGAUGAAGACUCUGAUGAUCAGUUCAGCAGUGCUGUCAGUGAGUCCGAGGACAGUUCGGAUGAUGUCUAUGCCGGUGUGGACUAUAUUUCCGAUGCCGAAGAUGAAGAACAAGAUGUGGAAAAAUUAGAGGAAAUGAUGAUCAUGCAGUCCGAAGUCGACCAACAUACGCCCUCCGGUCUUGAUACCCAAGAGUGGCAGGGUGCUGAAAUCUUCGGCGAUUCCAUGAUACUGCCCGCAGCUUCAUUCUUCGACGAUGAACAAUUAUACCUCGCCAUGGAGAACUUCGGUGAAACCGAUAUGGCCAGCGAGGCUGUCGAAACUCCGGUUGCCCGCCGAGUUCACUUCGAGGAGCGAUCGGAGUCGUCUUCCGACAGUGACUCUCACACUGAAGACGAGAUCCCCAGUGAUUUCCUACAACAAGACGCCUUGGACCCCCAACUCCGCAGAAUGAUUGAAAAUGAUAGUGAGAACCACCGUAGUCACCGCCGGCAAUCUGAAGAGAUUUUCGGUGACCUUGACUACGGCCAUGCCAACAUUUACCAUCCAGCCGACGAUGGUGACACUACUGACGAAGACCUUCCACCUCCUGCUACCAUCACUCACCCUCGAUCUCUGCUUCGUCGAGACUCGACCGACUCCUUGGUCGCCAUGGAUGACAAGACAGACAACAUCCCACGACGACGCGGUCCGAUCAUGGGAACUUUCGUGGCUGAUCCUCACAAGCCUGUGGCUUUGGUUGACUGCACCGGGAAACAUCUCGUUAUCAUUCCUGCUUACGCCUCGUCCCGCCAUGACUGGUUAGAAUCGGCUGCCAACAGCAUGCCAGGCACCGCCAACAACAGCCCCCGCCAGACCACUCUCCAGUUAAUUGACGAGAGCGACACUGACGCUCUGGCCUCCCCCAACCAAACCGACUUUAGCCCCAUGCUUGCGUCGAGUGCCAAUCUCAUGAUGACCGCUCUUGGAAAUGAUCUUACGCCAGGCGGCCAAGUAAUGGGACCUCCAGAGGCUUUUUACCCUUCGCAGGAAUUCACCAUCGAUAGCUCCUUUGAAGACGAUGAUGAAGAUGACCCCGAGUCUGCCCUUAACGUGGAUGAUUUUAUUGACUUUGGAAAUGGAUCAUCCGACGAGGAGGACAUGGGUAAAUUUGACGAUGAGACGCUCAUCUCUCCCAUGGCGACUGGACACAGGUCUUCAAUGGGCACACCAACUCCUACCCGUAACGCGGAAUCCCAGCCAGAUGAGCGAUUCCUUAACCACCUCGACCAAGGCAUUGUCACCGCCUUCCGUCGUAACAACACCCGUUACCAGACUCUCCUCCGCCUCCCACAACACCGGGAGUUCAUGCCUGCCAACUCUCCAGCAAAGACCGCUAGUGUUUUCCGCCAUUCCAAGCAUGCCGAUCAACGCACGCCAACUCGGAAACGCAAAGCAAGUGGCUAUGCAGGUGGUGGUGAGGCUGUUCGCCGCAAACUGAUGGAUGCUCAGCGACGUACGCAAGUCCCCCUGUAG